AAGAAACAAAGAACUAAACUUCCAUUUUCCAGCUGCAAGUUCUAUCCCCAUAAACCUCUCAAAGUUUUGCCAUCAAUUUCACCUUUCCUACCUUAAUUCCUUCAAAAAUCAUCAUAAAUGGAUUGUUCAUUAAAAUUUAUAUUUUUAUUUACUCUAUUGUCACUCAUAAAUCUUUCAGUUUCUGAUCCAAGAGCAACAGAAGCAGCUUUAAUAUGUUCAAACAAAACAGCUGCAUCAUCUGAUCGACAAGUUUACGUGGCCAAUUUUUUGGCCGCGAUGGAUAGCGUAACGCCAUUAGUAUCGCGGACAAAAUUUGGAGCAGUAAUAAAUGGAACAGGGAAUAAUACAGUAUAUGCUUAUGGUGAAUGCCUGAAAGAUUUGUCACAAACUGAUUGUAAUCUAUGUUUUGCUCAAUGUAAAACACAAAUAUUAAGAUGUUUACCAUUUCAAAGAUUGAUUACUGGUGGUAGAUUAUAUUAUGAUGGUUGCUUUUUAAGGUAUGAUUAUUAUAAUUUUUUUAAUGAAAGUAUGAGUAGUGUGGACAGGACUAUUUGUGGAAAUAGUAGUUUUGUUGGUGAUCAGAGGUUGUUUAAGGAAAAUGUUGGGAAGUUGAUGAGGGAUUUGAAGGUAGGUGGGAUAAAGAAUGAUGGGUUUUUGACAGGGGUGGUGGGGAAUGGGAGUUUUAGUGUUUAUGGUUUGGCGCAGUGUUGGGAGUUUGUGAAUGGAAGUGGUUGUCAAAGGUGUAUUUCUGAUGCAGUUAUGAAAAUUGGUUCUUGUUUUGGUAAGGAAGAAGGGAGGGUGUUGAAUGCUGGUUGUUAUGUUAGGUAUUCUACUCAGAAAUUCUUUAAUAAUUCUGCAAGUGAUACUCCUGCUGCUAGAAAUGGGGGAGGAUCGAAUCGUUUGGCUGUUAUUCUCGCAACAACUCUGGGUAUUUCUGCUUUCUUGCUAUUUGUAUCGGCUGUUUCAUUCUUUGUGCGCAAGAAGGUUCUUAAACAACAGAGAGAGAAGCAGCAGCUAGGAGCUUCCAUAAGAACAGUUAACAAAUCAAAACUGAAUAUUUCCUAUGAAACUCUUGAGAAGGCAGCAAAUUACUUUAACAGCUCCAAUAAAUUGGGACAAGGAGGAUCUGGGUCUGUUUACAAGGGGAUCCUGCCUGAUGGUCGUGUUGUUGCUAUAAAGAGGCUCUUCUUCAAUACGAGGCAAUGGGUUGAUCAUUUCUUUAAUGAAGUCAAUUUGAUUAGCGGCAUACAUCACAAAAACCUUGUACAGCUAUUAGGUUGCAGCAUUACGGGGCCAGAAAGUCUUCUAGUGUAUGAGUACGUGCCCAAUCAUAGUCUUUCGGAUUACAUCUUUGACACAAAGAACCUUCAGCCACUUACAUGGCGUCAAAGAUACAAGAUUGUGUUGGGUACUGCUGAGGGAUUGGCCUAUCUUCAUGAAGAAUCGAAAUUAAGGAUCAUUCAUAGAGACAUAAAGUUAAGCAAUGUUCUUCUAGAUGAAGAUUUCACUGCAAAAAUUGCUGAUUUUGGUUUAGCCAGGUUAUUUCCUGAAGACAAGAGUCAUAUUAGCACAGCUAUUGCUGGCACACUCGGUUACAUGGCUCCAGAGUACAUUGUACGUGGUAAACUGACUGAGAAAGCUGAUGUCUAUAGUUUUGGAGUUCUUGUUAUCGAAGUCGUAUGUGGAAAGAAGAACAAUUAUGUUUUCAAGAAUACUAAUUCUCUUCUGCAGCAGUUGUGGAACUUGUAUGGCAUGGGAAAAUCUUGUGAAGCAGUUGACCCUUUAUUAGAGGGUAAAUUCAACGAAGAGGAAGCAUCUAAACUGCUUCAAGUCGGUCUUCUUUGUGUACAAGCAUCUGCAGAACUACGACCCGCCAUGUCAAGUGUCGUGAAAAUGCUCACCGAGAACCAUGAAAUUCCUCAGCCAACACAGCCACCAUUCCUCAAUUCUGGUAGUUCAGAAUUUAGUCCAUUUAAUCUGCAAGGCAAAAGGUUCUACGGUCAACCAAGCUCCUCUACACUAUCUUCUGGGAAUAAAUUGACGGAGAGUUGGGUCGAACCUAGAUAAACUAAGGUGAUCAAGAAUUUUGACCCCACUCAAUGAUCAUCUCGAAUUGGCAUUUGAUUUUGUUCUCAGCAAAGGGCAACUUUUGAAGUUUGUUUCUGUGAUUAGGCAUUAAGGUCUGAGAUAAUGAGCUUAACAUUAACUAGUACUCACCCUCCAUUCUUUUACUAAUAUUUGGCUAUUAUAUGAUUUAGUUCAAUUCCUUUUGUGAAUACCCCAAAUGAGCUGUUUCUAAUGUAAAAUUUCUGUAUAGUGCCUGAAUUAUGAUACAUAUAGUAUCUGCUGCAGUUGCAAUUAACUAUAUCUACUGUUACUCAUUUUCGAGUUAGUAAUUUGCAUUAAA